GAGAGGGAAAGAGGGGAGGACAGUUCGCCUCUGCAGCGCUGCAAGGACAGUGUGAACAUCAUAAGGACACAGACGGACCCAAGCUCUCAACAAUCACAUACUCUUCACAAUGACAACCAUGCAAAUUACUGCACUGGACUGACAGCUGUCAAUCGACAAGAGAAGAUUAUCAGGAUCACCUGCCACAAGAGAGAUUACAAGCUACUAUAGGGGACUUAAGCGGAGUAAUUCCAACUUAUGUUUGGUUAGAAGUUGUUACCCAGGGGAAAAUUGGCCAUUUUUGAUCCCUCAACUGAUUUACUCUUGCAUGCGCUCACAUGUGCAUGCUUUAGGGGGAGUGCGUACGAGGUUGUCUCGCUUUGUAUCAGGGUCACGGUCUUACCCGUGAGAGCAGUGCCACAAUAAGCUUCAGCCUGUGUUAGUGGGUAGCUCUGUUUAUUUAGCCUUCGUCCACUAAAACCAUGAGUGCGGGCAAGAAGGAGUUAGAGAUGAGGGACAAAGCCAUCAUGCACCAGCAGAGGAGACUGAAACAGGCCACUCAGUUCACGCACAAGGACUCCGCGGAUCUUCUGCCCCUGGAUGGGCUGAAGAGGUUAGGCACCUCCAAAGACCUGCAACCCCACAGCAUCGUGCAGCGACGCCUCCUGGAGGGCAACAUUCCACGUUUGCGUGGAGAGGCCCGGGACAUCCCAUCUCAUGUUCGCUCACCCCUGGCAGACAGCAAAGAGAGUGGAGAGCCGGAGGAGAGGAGCGAGAGCACAGUGGAUGACUCCACGGAGGAGAGGGAGUCUCCGGAGGAGAGCGAGAAGAGCCUCAGGUCUGAUGAAGAUGGGGACGAUGAAGAUGAAGAGGACAGCAGCGAUGCAGGCGGGAAGACAGAGUCCAAACAGAAAGAUAAAAUGGGAGAAGGAGAGAGGAAGAAAGGCCUAAAAGAGGGCGAGAGAGCAUCCACCCUCUCAGCUCUAGUGGUCCAGUGUAAGUGCGGAGAUGCAGAGGUGAUGCUGUCCAUAAACACAGGGUGCCAACACAACCACAUCUCUAAAACAUGCUGCAGACGACUGGGACUGAAAACCAACCAAGAAGACAAACCUCGAGACAAGCUGCCACUCAGUGAUUCGACAGUGGAGACAGUGAAGUCCCUGCACCUGCAGCUGGGCAGAGAAAGAGUGCAAUGCACGGCCCAGGUCAUAGAGGAUGCCACGUUUGAGGUGUGUCUGGGUCUACAGACUCUGCUGGAACUCAAAUGCUGUGUGGACCUGAACUCCAGAGUGCUCCGUCUCCACAGCACAGGGCAGGAGCUUCCCUUCCUGGAUCCACCUGCUUGCAGCCAGUGCCAUCACCAUGACAACAACAAAAACAUGUGACCUCGGACCUAUGUGCCCAACAACCACCAUGACCGUACCCAUAUAAUCAGAGAGGAAGUUGAUGGAAGGACGCCUGCAUCUGGACUGUAGUGUUCCCUUGUGCCAGAUCAACAUAGACAGGCCUCACCUCUCUCAUCUUUCCUUCUUUAUUCUUCGUUGUUUGUUUCUGUGCUAUUUACAGAAAUCUGCCAACUAUGAUUUUUUUUAUAUUAUUAUUUGCUGUGCUGCAUUAGUUUUGAUUAAAUGUAAUAAAGCUCAGGAGGAGGAAGGUUGUGUUCUGACAUCUUAAAAUUGCCUUUAUCAAAAUGACAAAAUGGGUAUGUAGUUAAUCCGUAAGAAAUUGAAUUAAUGUUUGAAGACUGAUGAGUAAUAUUCUCUAACUGGUGAUUUUAAUUACAAAACAAGUAAAUUAUAUUCUUGUACAUUACAGCAACUGAGAGUUCACGAGAUGCUGCACACUUUGGGAUCUCCUAAACAAUCCCCAAACCUGAUUUUAUACUUUUAAACGUGUCAAAAUAACAAAUCAGAAAGUUUCUUUCGCAAAUUUAACCUCAAAUUUAGCUAGAAAUCUCUCACCCGAAACUGCCUUUAACUAAAGACUAUGUUUUCAAACCUCAUUUCCCUUUAGAAAGCCAAAUCUGCCAUCAGAUGAUAAGGACUUCUUCAGCCAGCCCAAUCAAAUGUUAAUUGAGCCCUUGGGCUGCAAUCUCACUCAAUGACCCCCAAACCAAGCAAAACACUUCAUCUGCAUGAUUUUAUAGACUUUCCCCUUUGUAUUUUUCAGUUUUUGGUACGUCGGAGUGUGUAUGACUGAGUAAAUGCUUUUCUGUUUGUCACCUGCAUGUGUUUUCUUUUAGAUUGGAUGAAUGCUCCUUAUCUAGAGCCCAGUUUUCUAGAAACUCAGUUUGUCCUCAUGACCGGAGGCAUUUCUCCACCACCCAUGCCUUGCUCAUUGCUCUGCUUGUUCAACAGCCAAAAUCUCCCACUAAAAGGCCAACCGAUGACCCAAAGGGCAUCGAUGUCCCACACAAACUCACUCUAAUCGGUGGGGCUAAUUGAAUUGUUGGCACACAAUGCUCAACUACCCUGAUCAUCCAGCCUUUUAACACUAUGGAUGACCUUUCAGUGAAGGAUGUCCAUAUAUUUGACCAUUUUAUGUUCUUCUCUUUCUUUCUGUGUCGAGGACCAAUUGUACGGGGGAAAAUAGAGUUUAUUUUUGGUGUUUUUUGGUUUCCUUUUCUCUGAACAGUAUUUUCUCUGCCUAAACAAAAUAAAUAUGUAUUCUGGCUA